GCCAGACUGGACUGGGUAAAUAAGAGGUGCGGUGUGCAGCCGUCUGACCUGUUCUCUCCUCUCGCUCCUCCGUGCAUCAGACCAAGUUCACCACUGAUAUUCCUGUUAUCGAAAUUUUAUCGCGGGAUGGCUCUGGAUCUGGUGCAAGUCAGCGAUCCCAGCAUAGCGUACAUUGUGCUGGGAGGAUUCGUUGUCUUAUUUAGUAUCGUGUCGUUGCUUGUGAAGGAUAAGUUCUACAUUAGUGAGGUCGUGCUCGGGACUGUUUUCGGUAUCAUUAUCGGUCCAUCCUGCGCCAACGUCUUCGAUCCUCGAUCAUGGGGUAGCCAUUCAAAUAUCAUCACACUGGAAGUCAUGCGCAUCGUUCUGGCGACUGGUCUGUUCGCUAUCGGCGUCCAGCUGCCGCGGUCAUACAUGGCAGACCAUGUCAAGGGGCUCCUGGUAAUGGUUGUGCCUACGAUGGCGUUCGGAUGGGUGGUGGUUGCAGCUGUCAUCUAUGGUUUGUUCUCGCAGUACAACUACAUCUCAGCGCUCGUAGUGGCCGCGUGUCUGACGCCGACAGACCCAAUUAUCAGUGCGGCGAUUAUCGGCGGGAAAUUUGCAAUGAAGCAUGUACCUCCGAACCUGCGUAAUGUCCUGUCUGCGGAGUCUGCCGCCAACGACGGCCUGGCGUACCCUUUCCUGAGCAUCUCAAUCUAUCUCACAGUCGAGAGCACCCGUCGGGAGGCUAUUGGCAAAUGGUUUUUAGUAGGCUGGUUGUACCAAGUCAUACUGGGCACUGUGCUCGGCGCAGUCUUAGGGCUCGCGUUUUGUCGCCUGAUGAAAAUCUCAUACCGCAAGGGGUUUAUUGACCGCGAAUCACACCUGGCCCAAUACCUCGCCUUCACGCUUUUUACCAUUGGCAUAGUAAGUACUCUGGGUAGCGACGACCUGUUGGCAGCCUUCGCUGCAGGCACUGCCAUCAAUUGGGAUGGGCACUUCAACGACCAGAUAGAGAACGAAAGUUUCUCAUCAGUCCUUGAACUGCUGCUGAACUGUGGUUGCUUCAUCUAUAUUGGCGCAUGGCUGCCCUUCGACAAGUACAAUUCACCGGAACUUGGCAUCACGCCGUGGCGCCUGGUCGUACUCUUCAUCGCGAUCCUGUUUCUCCGACGGAUUCCUCCUUUGCUCCUCCUGUACCGGUGGGUGCCGGAGAUAUUCAACUGGCGGGAGGCUUUAUUCUCUGGACAUUUUGGACCCAUGGGCGUUGGGGCAGUAUUCGUCUCUACCCUGGCCACUACUAGACUUCCCACGCCUCACGAUCCUCCGCAAGACCAAGCCGAGCUGCUCGCUGCCACUGUGCAAAUCAUCGUAUCUUUCAUCGUUCUAUGCUCCAUCAUCACCCAUGGCCUUUCUAUUUCAGUGUUCUCCUUCGGCAAGAAUGUCUGCUCCCAUACGGUCUCCAUGUCGCACACCUGGAGAUCCCGCAACGUAGCCGCCGAAGAAUGGCUCAUGUGGAGGCGCCUCACGGGCCAGGUGUUGCACCUACCCGCCCUCCCCAGCUUCUCUCUCAAGCAGGCCAAACCGGCCGAAUUAACCACGGCGGAGGAGGGGCUGGAGAACGCAGGGCCGGUUGUGUCGCCUGCUGGAAGUAUGCGAUCCUCCAAGGCAGGCGAGAUGAAGUCCAAGACAGGCGAAAUGGUCCGCCCGCGCACUUCGUUGCGGGACGUGCUGCGCAAUUUACUGUCCGCGCCUGGCCAUAACAUUACGGUCCGUCUGGACGGCGACGUAAACGUCCUGCAUGAGCCGGUCUAGCGUGCAGACCCCGAAGUCCGUGUACGUCUCGCCAGAUCAGCUGAGCCUCGUGGAGAACGACCCGCAGGCGCGGUCGUCCGGCAUGAGCGAGCACCCCUAGCCGACACAUAGUCAAAGAUGGUGUAUCCAAUAACAUAAGCUUGUGGCUCCGAAGAGUUACAAUGGUUUCGAAUCGCGGUCGGAGGUAGAAUGCGUGCGAAGAAUGAGACAUAGGUCGAUAGAAAAUUGUAUAACUCGUGCACACCCUUGCAUUUCCUUGGACAAUCAAUUCAUCGGGAUCAUUGGUUCACC